GGUAAUUUAGAUGCUGAUAAAGUGGAAAAGAGAAGUAGGAAAGAUGAUGAUGAUAAAAAUUCUUCUGACGGUGGUGAGAAACUAAUUAAUCCAGAUGGUGGAGAUAAUGAUUCUCAUGAAGAUGAUACUACAACAACUUCAAGUUUUCCUGAUGAUGAUAUUGAUAAAAAAGAAGAUGAUGUUACUACAACUUCAAAUGUUCCUGAUGAAGAUAUUAAUAACAAUGAAGAUGAUGUUACAACUUCAAAUGUUCCUGAAGAUGAUAUUAAUGGAAAAGAAGAUGAUGUUACAACAACUUCAAAUGUUCCUAAUGAUGAUAUUAAUGAGAAAGAAAAUGAUGCUACUACAACUUCAAGUCCUUCUAAUGAAGAUGAUAUCAAUAACAAUGAAAAUGAUGUUACAGCAACUUCAAAUGUUCCUGAUGAUAUUAAUAACAAUGAAGAUGAUAUUACAACAAUUUCAAGUGUUUCUAAUGAGGAUGAUAUUAAUAUUAACAAUGAAGAUGAUGUUACAACAACUUCAAAUCUUCCUAAUGAUGAUAUUAAUGAAAAAGACGAUGAUGUUACAACAACUUCAAAUUUCCCUCAUGAUGAUAUUGAUAAUAAAGAAGAUGAUGCUACUGCAACUUCAAAUGUCCCUAAUGAUGAUGAUCUUAACAACAAUGAAGAUGAUGUUACAACAACUUCAAGUCUUCCUAAUGAUGAUAUUAAUGAAAAAGAAAAUAAUGUUACAACAGAAUCACUUCCAACCACUACAAGUCGACCCACAAAAAAACCAACCGUAAGGUUAGGUGUCGUCACCCUGGAAACAUGCCAGAUCCAGCGUCCUGUGGUUACAUCGCCUGUCAGCCCCUUGGAAAUGGAAAAUACAAAAAGUACUUCAUGCGUUGCGGCUUGGGUACUUGCUUCGAUCCAGUAUCCAUGA